AUGCCGCUUCUCCACAGAAAGCCGUUUGUCAGACAGAAUCCCCCAGCGGACCUCAAACCAGAUGAAGAAGUGUUCCUUUGCAAAGUCACACAUGAAAUCUUCAGGACAUACGAGUACGUGAAGUCCAAACUGAUAAAUUAAUAUUUCAGAAUGAUCAAUGUUAUAACAAGCUAUCAAAUGACCAUCCGAUAUUGGCUCAACUCAAAUUAGGAAAGUUUAACAUGAUCUAGCUUGCUAGGAAGCUAAAAUCCUCUGCAGUGCUGGAAGAUGGACAAAGUACUACUUAUUAUAAACAAUUGUAAAUCAUUAAUAAUGUAUUGUCUGGUUGACACCUAUUUAGCUAGCCAUCAGAUUAAAUGGGUCAGAACAGUUAUUUCUAUCCAGUUGUCAAACUUAUUGUUUGGCAGGUGUAGCAAGUAACGUUAGAUCACUGCUAGUUUAGCGGCUAGCUAGCUAGUAGUGUUGAAGCGAGUACCAUUACCAGCCGUGUUAGCCAAUUAUUUGGGCCUGCUAGCCAGCUGGAAGCUAGCGUUGCAAAAUAUCCAACUUGAGUCAACUUUAAUUUGACUAGGUUAUCAUUAUUGCCAUAAUUUACUGUCAUAUCCGUCGAAUAACUGGUUGGUAAAGCUAGCCAGUCUUGUUAGAAGUUAUAGGAUGGCUCUUUUCUCAGAUCAUUUUACAUAGUCCUAAGAACCUAAGAUUAGAGCAGAGCAGUUCGCGCUCCUCACAACGCGUCUUGCCUCGGUUCGCGAAAGAAACGUGUGUAGGGCUAUUGUUGUGUGAUUUGUUUAUAGCUAGCAAACUAGGAAGCAACAUGCUAACUGUGGUGUAUUUAUUUCAGUAGUUUAUAGUUUAUUAUUUUAGCAAGUUGUAACUCAUAGCAUAGAUAAACUUUUUUUAAAUGUAGGACUUGCCUACGAAUAACAUACUGACUUAGUCCAAGGGGGUCUUGAAAGGUAAACAAUUUCACCCUGAUCCUCAUAUUCCAGAUAGACCACAACUUCGCAUGUUACUGUACAUUUAGUAGAGGGACAGUGACAGACAUCUUUUAGUUCUGUUAAUUAUUUUAUCACAAUUUUGAAGAUGGACUAUUUUAUAUUAGAUUGUGGUUUUGUUUUAAGGUAUCAUUUUUUUGGAAUUGUAUUUAGUCAGCAUGUGUGACAGACUGAUCAACAUGACUUUGGAAAACUUGAGGACUUUGAGGUCCUAUCUAUGCAGAAACUGUGGAAAAGCAUCUCGAUGUUAAGUGUACACAGAUGAGCAAGGGAUACGUCAUUGUAAAUAAGAAUUUGUUCUUAACUGACUUGCCUAGUUAAAUAAAGGUAAAAUAAAAAUGUUGUGCAAGUGAGGUUGUGUGAUAAUGUUUUUAACGCUGAUCUGGGUUAAGCAUUUCUUUUCGUUUCCUCCAAUGAUUGUGUGGGCAGCAGUAUUUUGCAAGUGUCCAGUCCAACAUUCAAAAUUAGUGCGCAAUUUCAUUUCAUGCUCUUACACAUUAGGGCCCUUGUCAAAAGUAGUACACUAUAGGGAAUAUGCACUGACCUGUACUGACUAGAACCACCCUGUCUCCCCACAAGUGACUUCUUUGAGAGGACCAUCCUGUGCAACAGCCUGGUGUGGAGCUGUGCGGUGACGGGCAAGCCUGGCCUGACCUACCUGGAAGCCCUGGACUGUGAGAAGAGGGGUCGUCAGAGCCUCCAGAGCUUCCCCUCAGCUCUGGUGAUCCCCCUGCUGCACCUCACAGCCCUCACAUACCGCACCCGGCUCCACGAGAUCUGUGAUGAUGUGUAUUCUUACGUCAAGGAGAGGUUCUUCCCCGGGGAGAUCGUGGACGUUGUGACCCGCACCGGUACCAGGUAAAGUGUUAAUUUAACCACAUGACCUCACCUAGCAUCAGUUUCACUUUAGAUUAGGUCAUAUGUACAAAAUAGUGUAAUCAGUUUCACUUCUAACCAGGGGUCUGAUAUCAUUUGGUUUUAUACCACCUUCCCGAAGGACUACAAUGCCUUUUACGUUCUCUCCCUAUGCGUUUGUGCUUUGAUAGUUCCCCUAUUUAGCCAAAGGAGUAUUCAUUCAAUGUCUGAUGUUCUUUAUGUUCACUAGCAUUACCUCUGACUGUAGAUCCCAGCUCUUUGACAGUGGAAUCAUGUUCUCUGUAGUAAACCGAUACAUUGAUUUUUGACAAGGUUGAGAGUUCGCUAUGAGCUGUUGGGAGAGGGGCACCAGAGGACCUCUAAUAUCAAAUUGUAUUUGUCACAUGCGCCGAACACAACAGGUGAAAUGCUUACUUACAAGCCCUUAACCAACAAUGCCGUUUUAAAGAAAAAAUAAGAGUUAAGAAAAUAUUUACUAAAUAAACGAGCAACAAUAAAAUAAUAACGGGGCUACAUACAGGGGGGUACAGAGUCAAUGUGCGGGGGUACAGAUUAGUCGAGGUAAUAUGUACAGUACCAGUCAAAAAUUUGGACACCUACUCAUUCAAGGGUUUUUCUUUAUUUUUAGUAUUUUCUACAUUGUAGAAUAAUAGUGAAGACAUCAACUAUGAAAUAACAUGCAUGGAAUCAUGUAGUAACCAAAAAAGUGUUAAACAAAUCUAAAUAUAUUUUAGAUUCUUCAAAGUAGCCACCCUUUGCCUUGAUGACAGCUUUGCACACUCUUGGCAUUCUCUCAACCAGCUUCACCUGGAAUGCUUUUCCAAAUGUCUUGAAGCAGUUCCCACAUAUGCUGAGCACUUGUUGGCUGCUUUUCCUUCACUCUGUGGUCCAACUCAUCCCAAACCAUCUCAAUUGGGUUGAGGUCGGGUGAUUAUGGAGGCCAGGUCAUCUGAUGCAGCACUCCAUCACUCUCCUUCUUGGUCAAAUAGCCCUUACACAGCCUGGAGGUGUGUUUUGGGUCAUUGUCCUGUUGAAAAACAAAAGGGAGUUCCACUAAGCGCAAACCAGAUGGGAUGGUGUAUCGCUGCAGAAUGCGGUGGUAGCCAUGCUGGUUAAGUGUGCCUUGAAUUCUGAAUAAAUCAGACGGUGUCACCAGGAAAGCACCAUCACACCUCCCCCUCCAUGCUUCACGGUGGGAACCACAGAUGCAGAGAUCAUCCGUUAACCUACCCUGCGUCUCUCAAAGACACGGUGGUUGGAACCAAAAAUCGCAAAUUUGGACUCCUCAGACCAAAGGACAGAUUUCCACUGGUCUAAUGUCCAUUGCGCGUGUUUCUUGGGCCAAGCAAGUCUCUUCUUCUUAUUGGUGUCCUUUAGUAGUGGUUUCUUUAAAGCAAUUUGACCAUGAAGGCCUGAUUCACGCAGGUUCCUCUGAACAGUUGAUUUUGAGAUGUCUGUUACUUGAACUCUGUGAAGCAUUUAUUUGGGCUGCAAUUUCUGAGGCUGGUAUUUCUAAUGAACUUAUCCUCUGCAGCAGAGUUAACUCUGGGUCUUCCUUUCCUGUGGCGGUCCUCAUGAGAGCCAGUUUCAUCAUAGCGCUUGAUGGUUUUUGCGACUGCACCCAGACUAUUUGCAUUGCCCCCCCCCCCCCCCCCCCCCCAUCCCCUUUUAUGCUGCUGCUACUCUGUUUAUUAUUUAUGCAUAGUCACUUUAACUCUACCCACGUGUACAUAUUACCUCAAUUACUUAGACUAACCGGUACCCCCUGUAUAAAGCCUCCCUACUGUUAUUUUAUUUUACUGCUGCGCUUUCAUUAUUUGCUCUUUUGAAUUUUUUACUUACCACUUUUUUUAUUUUAUUUUUAACUGCAUUGUUGGUUAAGGGCUUGUAAGGAAGUUUUCACUGUAAUGUCUACACCUGUUGUAUUCGGCGCAUGUGGCAAAUACAAUUUGAUUUGAAGAAACGUUCAAAGUUCUUCAUUUUCCGUAUUGACUGACACUUUUUUGCUUACUACAUGAUUCCAUGUGUUAUUUCAUAGUUUUGGUGUCUUCACUAUUAUUCUACAAUGUAGAAAAUAGUAAAAAAAAAAAAAAAACUGGAAUAAGUAGGUGUCCAAACUUUUGACUGGUACUGUGGAUGGGGGCGUGCUCUUCCCUCUUUCUCUUGUAGUCCUUGGUCCUAGGCCAGUGGUUUAGGUACAGUUGAAGUCAGAAGUUUACAUACACUUAGGUUGGAGUCAUUAAAACUUGUUUUUCAACCACUCCACAAAUUUCUUGUUAACAAACUAUAGUUUUGGCAAGUCGGUUAGGACAUCUACUUGCAUGACACAAGGUAUUUUUCCAACAAUUAUUUACAGACAGAUUAUUUCACUUAUAAUUCACUGUAUCACAAUUCCAGUGGGUCAGAAGUUUACAUACACUAAGUUGACUGUGCCUUUCAACAGCUUGGAAAAUUCCAGAAAAUGAUGUCAUGGCUUUAGAAGCUUCUGAUAGGCUAAUUGACAUCUUUUGAGUCAAUUGGAGGUGUACCUGUGGAUGUAUUUCAAGGCCUACUUUCAAACUCAGUGCCUCUUUGCUUGACCUCAUGGGAAAAUGAAAAGAAAUCAGCCAAGACCCCAGAAAAAAAAUGGUAGACCUCCACAAGUCUGGUUCAUCCUUGGGAGCAAUUUCCAAAUGCCUGAAGGUACCACGUUCAUCUGUACAAACAAUAGUACGCAAGUAUAAACCCAAUGGAACCACGCAGCCGUCAUACCGCUCAGGAAGGAGACGCGUUCUGUCUCCUAGAGAUUAACGUACUUUGGUGUGAAAAGUGCAAAUCAAUUCCAGAACAACAGCAAAGGGCCUUGUGAUGAUGCUGGAGGAAACCGGUACAAAAGUAUCUAUAUCCACAGUAAAACGAGUCCUAUAUCGACAUAACCUGAAAGGCCGCUCAGCAAGGAAGAAGCCACUGCUCCAAAACCGCCAUAAAAAAGCCAGACUACGGUUUGCAGCUGCACAUGGGGACAAAUAUCGUAAUUUUUUGAGAAAUGUCCUCUGGUCUGAUGAAACAAAAAUAGAACUGUUUGGCCAUAAUGACCAUUGUUAUGUUUGGAGGAAAAAGGGGGCAGCUUGCAAGCCAAAGAACACCAUCCCAACCGUGAAGCACGGGGGUGGCAGCAUCAUGCUGUUGGGGUGCUUUGCUGCAGGAGGGACUGGUGCACUUCACAAAAUAGAUGGCAUCAUGAGGAAGGAAAAUUGUGAAAUAUAUUGAAGCAACAUCUCAAUACAUCAGUCAGGAAGUUAAAGCUUGGUCGCAAAUCAAUGACCCCAAGCAUAUUUCCAAAGUUGUGGCAAAAUGGCUUAAGGACAACAAAGUCAAGGUAUUGGAGUGGCCAUCACAAAGCCCUGACCUCAAUCCUAUAGAAAAUGUGAGGGCAAAAGGUGUGGGCAGAACUGAAAAAGCGUGUGCGAGCAAGGAGGCCUACAAACCUGACUCGGUUACACCAGCUCUGUCAGGAGGAAUAAGCCAAAAUUCACCCAACUUAUUGUGGGAAGCUUGUGGAAGGCUACCUGAAACGUUUGACCCAAGUUAAACAAUUUAAAGGCAAUGCUACCAAAUACUAAUUGAGUGUAUGUAAACGUCUGACCCACUGGGAGUGUGAUGAAAGAAAUAAAAGCUGAAAUAAAUCAUUCUCUCUACUAUUAUUCUGACAUUUCACAUUCUUAAAAUAAAGUGGUGAUCCUAACUGACCUAAGACAGGGAAUUUAUACCAGGAUGAAAUGUCAAAUUGUGAAGCUGAGUUUAAAUGUAUUUGGCUAAGGUGUAUGUAUACUUCCGACUUCAACUGUAUUAGUGAAAGCAUGUAUUAAGUUACAAAUAUUCUUAAGUCCUGGCUUGAACCAAUGACUGUUCUUAACAAUUCUGCUACCAUGACACUUGUUACAAGUUCAGUUACUAAGUCUGCUCAAUGUAGAUAAAAGUUUAUGAACUGGACCUAGAGCCUUGCACGACAUUAAUUUUAAGCCCUACCCAUGCUCGUGAAGUACAGACCCUACCUAGGCCCGAUUGCUUCUGCCAAAUUCAUGGCUCGGUCCUGCCCAAAAUCAGAAAUAACUUCCAUUAGCUGCUCGUCUGUCCCGCGCUGCAUGCACUCCGUGCCUGGCUCUGCUUGUGAGUAUCCAUAGCAACGCCUCUGCUUGCUGUUCUGCUUGGUGACGAGACUGAGCGCAGUUAACUGUGAACCAGCUACUUUUCAUCACUAAACUCAAGGAACAUUAUUUUCGGUAAAAUAAUCUAUCCUCUGGAGUCGGACAAUGUUCUGGUCUUAUUUAAAGAGGUUGAAGCACUUCUGACACCAUGAUAUGUACUGCGCAGCAGAGCACAAGCAAAUGGCUCAGCUUCAAAAUGUUAAUGAUCAAUUUAGUGAUACCCGAGCACUAGCUGUACCCUAGUUAUUGAUGAAAAAACAAGCCCUAACCCACUGUAUAAUGUUGGGACCUAUCGGGGUCGGUAGUAGAGCUCUAACUGGACCUUAGAAGCCCCAUGGACUUGUUAUACAGGGGUUUUCAGUGAUUUACCUUUGUCUUUCCUAUUUGCUAUCCCCUACGUGACUUACCAAUGCAUUGGGCAACAAAACAAAUAUGUAUUUCAUUCAAGCUUGGCAUUGUUUUUCUAUAAAAAAUGAAUAAACUGUAGUUUUUACACCAUUUUACCCUCAAUGGGCUCGGGAGAGGUGACGGUCGAGACACGCGUCCUCUGAAACAUAACCGCCUAGCUGCCUACUUCUAAGACACUGCUCACUUUACCCGGAAGUCAGCGGAGGGCUCCGUAUAGCUCCGCAUUGACAUGAUUGAUUGACGGUAGGUGGGGGCAGGAUGUCCUGUAUAAACACAAACUCACCUCCUUGACAACUUCCUUCUCAACAGCUCUGCUCUGCUACACGAAACGCAAGAAGUAUAAAUGCCCUGACAUCUGCAGAGGCCCUAUCACCGACAUCAGAUUGACCCAUGCAUCACCUUUUAGACCUUGGCAGUGUUUUUCAAUCAAUUUAAAUGUGUUUUGAAUGUUUCCUACAGGCAGCUAUGUGAAAUCCUGAAUGUGCAGUCUCCCCACCAUUCCAACGGGCCGGUCAACGGGCAUGCCAAACUUCAGAUGGAGGGGGACUUCAUCGUCAUCAGUGACAGUGACGAGGACACUCCUAAAAGCCCCAAAUCAAAGGCCAAUGGGUUAGUCUGUAAGCCAAGCAAUUCAAGGCUGCAUCUGAAAUUGCAUCCUAAUCCCUAUGGUCAAAAGUAGUGCACUUUAUAGGGACUAGGUGCCAUUGCGGAUGCACACAGUCUUUGUCCCUGUCCAUUUUCCUUGUUAGCAUGGAUUCAAACCUUUUUGUUUAUUUUUCCCUUGUCAUGUCUAAAGCAAGAAAAAGAAAUCUGUCAAUCCGUCUGUGUUCAAGUACAAAGUACGACCCAUCAAGGAAGGCAGUGAGCCCAUAUUCGCCAAGGCUGGUCAGAUGAGGUGAGACUAACCUACUGACUAACAAUGUUCUGUUAGCUUGUAUUGUUCUUAUUCGACAGUUAAUCCCCUCUGACUUUUUAAAUGUAACCACUAACCGUUUUUCCAUCUCUCGCUCCCUUAUUUUAGCCGUAAGAAGAACACGUUUUCACGGGACAGACUAAAGCUGCUGCUCAAACAGCACUGUGAACCACAGAAUGGAGUCGUCAUGAUCAAGGUAUUAUGAUUUAACUCUAAAGUAUUAUAAAAUAUGUCAGUUGGUGUCUAGUAGGUACGUUGGGGGUAGUAUAGUAGGUACGUUGGGGGUAGUAUAGUAGGUACGUUGGGGGUAGUAUAGUAGGUACGUUGGGGGUAGUAUAGUCGGUACGUUGGGGGUAGUCCCGUGUAGCUCAGUUGGUAGAGCAUGGCGCUUGCAACGCCAGGGUUGUGGGUUCGAUUCCCACGGGGGGCCAGUAUGAAAAAUGUAUGCACUCACUAACUGUAAGUCGCUCUGGAUAUGAGCGUCUGCUAAAUGACUAAAAUGUAAAAAAUAUUUUUUUAUUUAUUUAAGCAGGUAAGCCAGUUGAGAACAAGUUCUCAUUUACAACUGCGAAUGUGUCUGUUCCUUUUUAAGCAAAAACUAUAAGGAUCUUGUGGUCAUUUGAAUUAAGUAGGGCUGUCCCCGACCUAAAGAAAAGCUUGGUCGUCUGUUCUUUCGACCAAUGGAUUUGUAUAACAAAAUUCAACGUGUCUUUUUCCAUAUAUAGUACCCUAUGUGUUGUAAUAAAAUCUACUAUAUGCAUUAAGCUUAUCUGAUGCUUGAAGCUUACUGUUCGAUGAAAUAACACACAAAUGACUCGAGGGAGCCAGAGAUCUAGAUAACCAGAAGAAGAAAAAAAUUUAUCCUGACCCAACCAUUUUCCUCCUGCUGGCUUUCGCAGUGCCAUUACUCUCCUGAAGUUACUGGUAAUAGGGUACACGAGGAGUCUGCAACCUUUCUCAUGUGGAAUGUCAAUUUAUCUUGCCAUUUCUCCCAAUCUGCGUGCCAGUUAUGGUUUUCAUAUAAACAUUUUCGUGGAACAGUUUAAUUGAAUUUAUAAUAAGUCUUCAUAUCUCAAUCAUUGUCAUGUGAUUUAAUACAAAUUAUAUCUAAAUGAAAAUGAUACUUUUUAGGUUUGUAACUUCUAUUGCCAUUGCCAACUAUGUAAAAAUAGCCUGCAUAAAGCCAACAAAUAAAAACCAUGCAGCCUGCAUGUAGAAGAAAAAAAUAAUAUAUACAUAUACAGUGAGGGGAAAAAGUAUUUGAUCCCCUGCUGAUUUUGUACGUUUGCCCACUGACAAAGAAAUGAUCAGUCUAUCAUUUUAAUGGUAGGUUUAUUUGAACAGUGAGAGACAGAAUAACAACAAAAUAAUCCAGAAAAACGCAUGUUAGAAAUGUUAUAAAUUGAUUUGCAUUUUAAUGAGGGAAAUAAGUAUUUGACCCCCACCUCAAUCAGAAAGAUUUCUGGCUCCCAGGUGUCUUUUAUACAGGCAACGAGCUGAGAUUAGGAGCACACUCUUAAAGGGAAUGCUCCUAAUCUCAGUUUGUUACCUGUAUAAAAGACACCUGUCCACAGAAGCAAUCAAUCAAUCAGAUUCCAAACUCUCCACCAUGGCCAAGACCAAAGAGCUCUCCAAGGAUGUCAGGGACAAGAUUGUAGACCUACACAAGGCUGGAAUGGGCUACAAGACCAUCGCCAAGCAGCUUGGUGAGAAGGUGACAACAGUUGGUGCGAUUAUUCGCAAAUGGAAGAAACACAAAAGAACUGUCAAUCUCCCUCGGCCUGGGGCUCCAUGCAAGAUCUCACCUCGUGGAGUUGCAAUGAUCAUGAGAACGGUGAGGAAUCAGCCCAUAACUACACAGGAGGAUCUUGUCAAUGAUCUCAAGGCAGCUGGGACCAUAGUCACCAAGAAAACAAUUGGUAACACACUACGCCGUGAAGGACUGAAAUCCUGCAGUGCCCGCAAGGUCCCCCAGCUCAAGAAAGCACAUAUACAGGCCCGUCUGAAGUUUGCCAAUGAACUUCUGAAUGAUUCAGAGGAGAACUGGGUGAAAGUGUUGUGGUCAGAUGAGACCAAAAUCGAGCUCUUUGGCAUCAACUCAACUCGCCGUGUUUGGAGGAGGAGGAAUGCUGCCUAUGACCCCAAGAACACCAUCCCCACCGUCAAACAUGGAGGUGGAAACAUUAUGCUUUGGGGGUGUUUUUCUGCUAAGGGGACAGGACAACUUCGCCGCAUCAAAGGGACGAUGGACGGGGCCAUGUACUGUCAAAUCUUGGGUGAGAACCUCCUUCCCUCAGCCAGGGCAUUGAAAAUGGGUCAUGGAUGGGUAUUCCAGCAUGACAAUGACCCAAAACACACGGCCAAGGCAACAAAGGAGUGGCUCAAGAAGAAGCACAUUAAGGUCCUGGAGUGGCCUAGCCAGUCUCCAGACCUUAAUCCCAUAGAAAAUCUGGAGGGAGCUGAAGGUUCGAGUUGCCAAACGUCAGCCUUGAACCCUUAAUGACUUGGAGAAGUUCUGCAAAGAGGAGUGGAACAAAAUCCCUCCUGAGAUGUGUGCAAACCUGGUGGCCAACUACAAGAAACGUUUGACCUCUGUGAUUGCCAACAAGGGUUUUGCCACCAAGUACUAAGUCAUGUUUUGCAGAGGGGUCAAAUACCUAUUUCCCUCAUUAAAAUGCAAAUCAAUUUAUAACAUUUUUGACAUGUUUUUUCUGGAUUUUUUUUGUUUUUCUAUCUCUCACUGUUCAAAUAAACCUACCAUUUAAAAUUAUAGACUGAUUAUGUCUUUGUCAGUGGGCAAACGUACAAAAUCAGCAGGGGAUCAAAUACUUUUUUCCCUCAUUGUAAUCCUAUAAAUCACAUUGGCUACGCAUGGCCUCUGCAACUAUUGUUAACUUGGGUCCGGCCUAAAGCUUGUGCUAGGGAACUUGCAACAUUGUAUAAAAUAUUCUGGGCCCUCAGUUUCCAGCGCCAAUGAGCUUGGGACAGACACAGCUGUAGGCUAUUUGCGCGAGGGAUAAGAAGCAGCGCUUGACUUGGACAGGAGCUCACCAGAGCAAUUCCUCAUCAAUCUACACAUAAUACCCAUAAUUACAAAGCGAAAUGUUUCUAGAAAUGUUUGCCAAUUUAUUAAAAAUGUUUAACAUACCUUUAUUUACAUAAGUAUUCAGCCCCUUUGCUAUGAGACUCAGUUGAGCUCAGGUGCAUCCUGUUUCCAAUGAUCAUCCUUGAGAUGUUUUUACAACUUAAUUGGAGUCCACCUGUGGUAAGUUCAAUUGAUUGGACAUGAUUUGGAAAGGCAUCCACCUGUCUAGAUAAAGUCCCACAGUUGAACGUGCAUGUCAGAGCAAAAACCAAGCCAUGAGGUCGAAGGAAUUGUCUUUAGAUCUAUGAGACAGGGUUGUGUCGAGGUAUAGAUCUGGGGAAGGGUACCAAAAAAUGUCUGCAGCAUUGAAGGUCCCCAAGAACACCGUGGCCUCCGUCAUUCUUAAAUUGAAAAGUUUGGAACCACAAAGACUCUUCCUAGAGCUGACCGCCCAGCCAAACUGAGCAAUCGGGGGAGAAGGGCCUUGGUCAAGGAGGUGACCAAGAACCCGAUGGUCACUCUGACAGAGCUCUAGAGUUUCUCUGUGGAGAUGGUUGUCCUUCUGGAAGAUUCUCCCAUCUCUGCAUCACUCCACAAAUCAGGCCUUUAUGGUUGAGUGGCCAGACGGAAGCCACUCCUCAGUAAAAGGCGCAUGACAGCCCGCUUGGAGUUUGCCAAAAGGCACCUAAAGGACUCUCAGACCAUGAGAAACAAGAAUCUCUGGUUUGAUGAAACCAAGGUUGAACUCUUUGGCCUGAAUGCCAAGUGUCAUGUCUGGAGGAAACCUGGCACCAUCCCUACGAUGAAGCAUGGUGGUGGCAGCAUCAUGCUGUAGGGAUGUUUUUCAGUGGCAGGGACUGGGAGACUAGUCAGGAUCGAGGGGAAAGAUGAAUGGAGAUAAGUACAGAGAGAUCCUUGAUGAAAACCUGCUCCAGAGCACUCAGGACAGGACAACGACUCUAAGCACACAGCCAAAACAACACAGGAGUGGCUUCGGGACAACUCUCUGAAUGACCCUGAGUGGCCCAGCCAGAGCCCGGACUUGAACCUGAUCGAACAUUUCUGGAGAGACCUAAAAAUAGCUGUGCAGCGACGCUCCCCAUCCAUCCUGACAGAGCUUGAGAGGAUCUGCUGAGAAGAAUGGGAGAAACUUCCCAAAUUCAUGUGUGCCAAGGUUGUAGCAUCAUACCCAAGAAGACUCGAGGCUGUAAUCGUUGCCAAAGGUGCUUCAACAAAGUACUGAUUAAAGAGUCUGAAUACUUAUGUAAAUGUGAUAUUUCAGUUUUUCUUUUUAAAUAAUUUAGCAAAAAUGUAUAACCUGUUUUAGCUUUGUCAUUAUGGGUUGUUGUGUGUAGAUUGAGGGGGGGGGGGGGGGACUAUUGAAUCAGUUUUAGAGUAAGGCUGUAACGUAACAAGGUGGAAAAAAUCAAGGUGUCUGAAUACUUUCCGAAUACACUGUGUGUGUGUGUGCUACUGCUCGACUAAAAAAAUCUUGGUCGACCAAACAAUCGACAAGUCCACUCAUUUGAGUCAGCACUACAAUCAAGCAACUGUCAUUUUGCGCUAGUGUUGUUGCUAACUGUUUCUUGUUUGUUUCAUGGUUAGGCAUCAACUGUUGCUAAGUACAAGUUGGCAGAACAGCACUUCUCCCAGUUCUUCCCUGACCAGCCGCCUGUGUUUGUCUUCAGUCCUCCUCCUAAAGGGCAGGGCAGGCCCCAGAAUGAUUCUUCUCCUCGAGAGGUGAGGAUUGGCAAUGUAUGUGUCCCAAAUGGCCCUACAGGCCCGGGGCAAGUCGUGCACUAUAUACGGAAUAGGGUGCCAUUUGGGGUUCAUCCCAUAUGUACAGCCUUUAUGAUUACUCAGCGAAGAUGUUAUUAUAACAAUGUAAUAACCAUCUUAUUACAUUGUAAUAAUAACUUGUUGGACUUCCACCAUGAAUUUGGUCAGUACGACUUGUAAAGACCACUGAAAUGUAAAGCAUCUCGAGACAAUUGCAUUUUGAUUAUUUUCUUUAGUUGGGGCACAAUUUAUUGAAGGCAGCAGAGGAAAAGCUUCGUCUGAUACAGCAGAAACAGGAGAUGAUGGCUACGGGUGAGUCCAGUGGAUUAGUUGGAUAUUAGUAGAUAAUUGUUAGCAUGUUAGUUGGCAUCUAAGUGCAAAAAGUAGUGCGCUGUUAGCAUGUAAGUGCUAGCGAGACUGCCAAGAGAUGUACGAAUGAUCCCAAGGUUUGGCUGCCAUAUAUAUAUAUAUAUCCAUCCAUCCAUCCAUCCAUCCAUCCAGAAUGGUGACUUUCACAACAUUAAAACAAUGAUGCGUUUUGUUAUUAUAACAAAAAACCAUAUGUUCAGCACAUGGAAAGGCCAAUCAGGAGAGGGAAGAUGACCUGGGGGCCAAAAAGAAAGAAAAGGAGGACAGAGAAAAGAAGAGGGAAGAGAUGAAGAUGUUGUUUGAAGAAGAGAAGCAGAGGAGGAAAGAAGAGAAGGAACGCAUGAAAGUGGAAAAGGAAAAAGUAAGCUGAUAUGAUUAACAUUAUUUUUGAUCCAUGUCACAGUUUAAUUUACAUUUGUUCACCAGACAACGUCUCAAAUCACUUGAUAUAGAUUAUACUGUAUGUAUCGUUAUGCUGUAUUGUAGGAGAGGGAGAAGCUUAAGGAGGAGAAGAGGAAAUAUGCAGAGCGACUAAAGAUCUGGAGCAAACCCAGAGAAGACAUGGAGUGUGAGGACCUGAAGGUAAGCAGCCCCAAAACCUCCUUAGCUAGUCUUUGUUUGGUUUCAUCCUCCGUAGUUGAAACGCUUAUAUUUUCUAUUUGGUACAAGAAAGUUGGUGCUGUAUAGGCAACUUCUAUGUUCGAUAUGAGUUGGCUAUACAGCACAAACACAUCUGGGACCUUGCUAGCUUUUUGUGGUUAAGGACAAAGGUUGUGAAACAUUGUCCUAAAUGGUAUCUCUAAGUUGGUAAAUAAAGUUAGCAUGUUUAGGCCUCUGACUCUCCUCUAUGGAAUCAUGUCCAGGAUCUCCCAGCCCCCAUCCUGGUGAAGACCCGUCUGCCUGCAGAGCUGUUUGGAGAUGCUCUCAUGGUGCUGGAGUUCCUCAAAGCCUUCGGAGAGCUCUUUGACCUCAAGGACGAGUUCCCAGAAGGCCUCACACUCGGUGAGAAACACUGGCAAAACAAUGUAUUUUUACAAUCACUCUUCUACAACUUUAGGUUUAUCACCCAUGUUUGAUAUUUGAAUGUAGUUCAUUGUGUGAAAGUACGCUGGUACAGUGACAGUCUGGUUUAGUGUUUGUGUCAGGAGUUUUCUGACUGUGGGGCCUUGUCUGUGUGUUCCAGAUGUGCUGGAGGAGGCCCUGGUGGGUUCGGACCCUGAGGGGCCGCUUUGUGAGCUGCUCUUCUUCUUUCUGUCGGCCAUCUUCCAGGCCCUAGCUGAGGAGCAGGAGGAGGUGGCCCGCGACCAGGUGGCUGAGACUGACGCCAAAGGUAGGGACAGAAACGGGCCUCGACAACGCUUGUUUACUGUCAACACCCUGUUUAGUCUACUUAACCCAUCGUGGUUGGUCACCAAAUAUACUUUGGCAGUGAGCAAUGCAACGUUAUCAAUGGCGACAUUUCAUCCAGGCUGUAGGAUUGACUAAUGACAAGAUUUAGCAUAUGGCGAAAUAUCGUAGUUUUGUCAGUGUGUGUAAAUCUUCCUUGUUGUCAGAUUUGAGUGAGGCCCUGGACGAUGAUGCCGACCCCACCCAGUCUGCCAUCAGUGCUGUGGCUUCUCUGGCUGCUGCCUGGCCUCAGCUCCACCAAGGUGAGAGAAGGACUACAACCUUUUAAUAUAGUCGAUGUUCAUAUACAACUACUCGCACAUUUGUUAAUUUUGUACUGCGAGCCUGACUCUUCAAUGCAUGUCUCUGUAGGCUGCAGUCUGAAGCAGUUGGACCUGGACAGCUGUACUCUGUCAGAGAUCCUGAGGCUGCACAUCCUGGCAUCGGGGCCUGACUGCAACUCUGCCAACGCCAAGUUCCGCUACCAGAAACGUGGAGGAUUCGGCUCUACAGACGACCCCUGUGUUGAGCUGAGACUGGCCAACCCUGCGCUGCUCAAGAGGCUGUCCUGCACUGCUGUCUACGACCUGCUGCCAGGUGAGACUGAGAGGCACACACACAGCCUCUUCAGGUUGUUGCCUAACAAAAGAAGCAGAACUGAAGAAGCUAUCCCUUUUCCUUUCUUUCUGAGCCCCCAAGUGUUGGGAUAUAGCCUACUAGUAAAGUUAUCAGGCCCGCCAAUCAGACAACCAGUAAUAUGGGUCAUAUCUUGUGAACUGUUUUGGUCUAGAAACACACCGUUUCCGCUGUAGUAAUGGUACAACCACAACGCUAAGGAAUAUGCACACUUUGUUUUAUUUCUCUAGGGCUCUUGGAAACAACGGUAGAGCGACGCUUAAUCAUUACAACAUAUCUGGAAUUUAUUUCUUUUUUCUAGGCACACUGGUGCUACCAAAUUAAAAUUCCAGUUCUCACUGCAAAAUAUUUAGCUGCAAAUGCAACCAAAAUUGUCACACUUUAGAGCCAUGCUUGGGAAUAAGUAACGUUUAUUGAAUUGAGUGUAAUUUGUCUGGUGUUCUGUCCCAGGUGAGAAGCUGAAGAUCCUCCAUGCGUUGUGUGGGAAGCUGCUGACUCUAGUGUCUACCAGGGACUUCAUAGAGGACAGCGCUGAUGAGCAGAGACAGGCCAAGCAGGAGCUCAGGGAACUGAAGGCUGAGCAGCACCGCAGAGAGAGGGAAGAGGCUGCCAUCAGAGUUCGCAAGAGGAAGGAGGAGAAGUUGAAGGAACAGGAGAUGAAAUUGAAAGAGCUGAAAGAGAAACAUGAAAAGCUGAUGGAAGAGGAAGGAAGAAAUGGUGACAUGAAGACUGAAGAGAUGAACACCAGCACUGAGAGCCUGAAGGACGAACAUCAGACCGAAGACGAGGAGGAGCAGACGACCAACAAGAGUAGGAAGGGUAAAUAACGCCUUCAGUCCUCUUAGCCUAUCUUGGCAUACUGCUAGCAAUCAUAGAAAGCUUUCACAUAGUGUGACUCAAUCAAUUGUAGCGCAGAACAAUAGAAUGCACAUUUUGGAAUGAAAAUGUUCUAUAUUCUAUAGUCCAGUUCUAUGUGCAUUGUAAAAUAUAUCCCCCUCUGGUUAGUCCCAUAUUGCCAUUCUAACGCAAUCGUUUGAUUUCACCCUUAGAGAACGGCAGCAAUCCCAAGGAGAAGCAGCCUAAAGAGGAGGUGAGCCCAGGCCUGACCCCAGAGGAGCUCCCUGAGCAGCAGCCGAGGGAGAAGGAUCUCCAGGAGCGCAUCCAGAAGGCUGCAGCCUGCACUUAUAUCCUCCCCCUAGGGCGCGACCGCCUCUACCGCCGCUACUGGCUCUUCCCCUCCACACCUGCCCUCUUCGUGGAGGACGACUACUUCGGCCUGACGGAGGACAUGCUGGAACCCCAGGAGCCAGCCAAAGCUGAGGAGAUGGAGGUGUCUCGGAACGAGGCCGGAGAACCAGAGGACCUCUCCCAGACAAGCCCCGUCUCCAAACCCAUCCUCCCAGCCCCCGUCCAGAGCAGCUCUGCUCCCCCAGUGAACCGUCCUAACCAGUGGGCCUUCUACAGCAGUCCCCAGGAGGUGGAGGCACUGAUCGAGGCCCUAAACCCGCGGGGUCACAGGGAGAGCAGCCUGAAGGAGGUCCUGGUGCAGGAGAAGGAACGUAUCGCACAGCUCCUCGGUACAGCAGCCGCUGACCGCUACCACCACACAGGUACUGACUACUGCAGUCUACCAGACUGUAGAGGAGAGGCCUCUGGCUAGACUAGAGCAACCUGAUCCAAAUGGCAAAUCAAUCCAAUGUAUUUAUAAAUCCCUUUUUUAAAUCAACAAUUGUCAUCGAGUCCACUGGUUGGUUUGUCUCACUGCACUUCAGCUGACAAUUGCUUCAGGAGUGAAUGAUUGACUGCGUGAGUGGAAUAUCCUGAAAUACUGGACGUUUGGGAUAUUCACUGUUUUGCCUGUCUUUCUUUCCCUCCAGAUAUUAAAGCAGAGGCUGGUGGUAACAAAGCUGUCUCAGCCAAGUCCAAGGCUGCCCCUGCUCCUCUCCCAGAGGGCACAGCGGCUCCUGCUGAGGACUUCAUGGGCAAUAGGCUGAGAGACCUGCUGCUAGAUAUAGAGGACCGCAUCUACCAGGGUACACUGGGACAAGUCAAGGUACACUGGCUUUGAUUGGUCAAUAGCGCUUUCUGAUUUAAUAUUGUUUUAUUUCACAUGGUAAUAACGUUGAGAUGCAACCGCAUUACAUUGACAUUUUAGUCAUUUAGCAUACUAUCUUAUCCAGAGCGACUUAAGUUAGUGCAAAUCAGUUCUUUUUUAAAGUAAUGAUUAGGUAUUUACACUUCGGUAAGAUGAGGAAUGAGCUGGUAUGCGGAAGUGCUGUAUGUUGUUGAGUUAUGAAUUGCAUCUGAAUGCAUAAAAAGUGAGAACAUUGGUAAUUAUUGUCUGACGUCUUGUAUCGUAGGUGAUGGAGAGGAGUGCAUGGAGGAAAGCACUUGAGGAAGGCCACUAUGAACUACUGAGCCCUGAGCUGAAGGAGAAUGGUGUCACUAAAGGAGAGAACUGUGAUGUGGAGAACAUGGAAAUGAAUGAUAACAACUUGAAAAAAGAAAGGUAAGUACUGUAAAUGCACAGCAUCAUAGUACUGUCUGUCAUAUAUGCACCGAGGUUAGCUAGCUAUAAUGAAUAUGGUUUAGGGGUGUAAACAUGAAAACGAAGUUGGGAUCCUUAACGUUAAGAAAAAUCCCUAACCGAAAAAAGAAAUAAAAUCCCCCCCACAUAAUUAAAAUCAGUGCCGUUAUCACAAAACAUAAUGUUCUGUGUUAUAGCCUAACUAGACUAUAUGGCUAUAAAGGCCUGGGGAAAGUUGGGUAAUUUAAGGAGAACCAGAGGAAGAGGAACUUAAAGCUACAUGGUGAAUUUGCGAGGCAUGCAAGACAAUUAAGAAAUUGCGAGAUGUUGAUUACCAAGACCGCCCCUCUCUCUCCUUCGAGCUGCCCUGCCUGCUUUUUAAUCUUUGCUACUGACAGGAGUGUUCAGUCUUUGGUCUGUUGCAUGUAGAAUAUUCUAGCUUAGGGUAUUUAUGGGACCGAGAUACAGAGGUACAGUAUCUUCGGGCCAGUCUUGCAAGCACGGGGUAGGCUAUUCUUCGUUGCUGAGUGGGUGGGAGUGUGUUUGUCUUAUAUGAAAUUACAGUAGGCUACCGGUGUAGUCUGUAUCGAUUAGGCCUACCCUUUUCAGAUAUAAAGAUAUGUGGCCCUUUGAAAGCGCUAUGGCUUGUCUGUUAGGCUAGGCUACACUAAGGCUUUUUAAACACUGACACGAAACCUUCUCUGGCGAUAUGGGCGGUAUUUUACUUGUCUGUAAAGUAAUGCUGCUUCUGAAGCGGGACUGACUUCCAUCACUAGGCGACCAGAAUUGUAAAUUCUAGCCAGCCUGCUGCCCUCCGCGCAGACCACUCUUCCGUUUAAAAAAGUACUUUAAAGUUUGUUAAAUGUCGCGACUUACCGAGACAUUUAGUAGAAAGAAAGCACAUCUAGCUACCAUACCAUAAAUUAAAAUAAACACAGCAGGACAUCAAUCAGCAACACUUAUUGUUGUCAGGGAAACAAUAGAACAUUUAUAUGCUGGCACUGUCUGAAAAGGUACCAAAAAAAAAAGUCUGAAAUGUUAUCAGUUGUUGAUGUGUUACUGUAGCUGCGUUCUAUAUCUUUUUAAGGGUUGCGGUAGAUAUAACUUCAUUGCCCGGCCCUAGCGGUCAUACAUACGCAAUUGGACCAUUAAAGACUCUGCAUGGUCAGUCUGACAUCUGCAGUGGCCGUACAGCAUUUACUGUGAUACAGUCUCUGCAGAAGUCAGGGCAUUCAUCAUUCUUGCACUUCGCAGAGCUGUUGUGAGGAAGUUGUCAAGGAAGUGAGUUUGUUAUACAGGACCUCCCGCCCCCACCUACUGUCAACCAAUCAUGACAAUGCGGCGCUAUAUGGAGCCCUCCGCAUUGUUAUAACAUUUGUGAGGCGCAUGGUGAUGCAGUACGGAGCUCGAUUUGGCCUCUGCAGGCUCCACAAUUGUCACACCUUCCGUACGGAGCCUCAGAUCGCAUUGCGGGAGCAAGCAGAAUUCUAUGAUUUUUUCCCUUAUCGUUUUAACGGAGAACCAAUUUUUAAAUGGCAGUUUAAACGUUAACAUUUUUCCAUUUGUCACAUCCCUAAUAUGGUUACAUUGAGAUUAAUUAUGGUUACGUCUGAGAAAAAGCCAUAGCCACCAAAUAUUUUUAUUCCCAAUGUAUCUUUAUUGACUCUCCGGGGUGAGACUGCACAGGAUCAGUAAAAAGCAUGCAUCUUUUUUUAAUUUUUUAUGUUGUGCAGGUUACAGGUUUCACUGGUCAUGUUACAGGAGCUGAAGGGGGAGACCAAGAGGUUAGCUAGAUAUUCACUAUCAGUCAAAAGUUUGGACACACCUACUUAUUCAUAGGUUUUUCUUUAUUUUACUAUUUUUUUAUGUUGUAGAAUAAUAGUGAAGACAUCAAAACUAUGAAAUAACACAUAUGGAAUCAUGUAGUAACCAAAAAAGUGUUAAACAAAUCAAAAUAUUUUAUAUUUUUUAAUAAAAUAUAUUAUUUUAUAUGAUUCUUCAAAUAGCCACCCUUUGCCUUGAUGACAGCUUUGCACAUUCUUGGCAUUCUCUCAACCAGCUUCAUGAGGUAGUCACCUGGAAUGCAUUUCAAUUAACAGGUGUGCCUUGUUAAAAGUUAAUUUGUGGAAUUUCUUUCCUUCUUAAUGCGUUUGAGCCAAUCAGUUGUGUUGUGACAAGGUAGGGGUGGUAUACAGAAGAUAGCCCUAUUUGGUAAAAGACCAGGUCCAUAUUAAGGCAAGAACAGCUCAAAUAAGCAAAGAGAAACGACAGUCCAUCAUUACUUUAAGACAUGAAGGUCAGUCAAUACGGAAAAUUUCAAGAACUUUGAAAGUUUCUUCAAGUGCAGUCGCAAAAACCAUCAAGCACUAUGAUGAAUCUGUCUCAUGAGGACUGUCACAGGAAUGGAAGACCCAGAGUUACCUCUGCUGCAGAGGAUAAGUUAAUGAGAGUUACCAGCCUCAGAAAUUGCAGCCCAAAUAAAUACUUCAAGAGUUCAAGUCACAGACACCUCAACAUCAACUGUUCAGAGGAGACUGCGUGAAUCAGGCCUUUGUGGUUGAAUUGCUGCAAAGAAACCUCUACUAAAGGACACCAAUAAUAAGAAGAGACCUGCUUGGGCCAAGAAACACAAGCAAUGGACAUUAGACCGGUGGAAAAUGUGUCCUUAGGUCUGGAGUCCAAAUUGGUGAUUUUUGGUUCCAACCGCUGUGUCUUUGUGAGACGCGGUGUGGGUGAACGGAUGAUCUCUGCAUGUGUAGUUCCCACCGUAAAGCAUGGAGGAGGAGAUGUUAUGGUGUGGGGGUGCUUUGCUGGUGACACUGUCUGUGAUUUAUUUAGAAUUCAAGGCACACUUAACCAGCAUGGCUACCACAGCAUUCUGCAGCGAUACGCCAUCCCAUCUGGUUUGGGCUUAGUCCCACUAUCAUUUGUUUUUCAACAGGACAAUGACCCAACACACCUCCAGGCUGUGUAAGGGCUAUUUUACCAAGAAGGAGAGUGAUGGAGUGCUGCAUCAGAUGACCUGGCCUCCACAAUCCCCCGACCUCAACUCAAUUGAGAUGGUUUGGGAUAAGUCGGACCGCAGAGUGAAGGAAAAGCAGCCAACGUGCUCGGCUUAUUUGGGAGCUCCUUCAAGACUGUUGGAAAAGCAUUCCAGGUGAAGCUGGUUGAGAGAAUGCCAAGAGUGUGCAAAGCUGUCAUCAAGGCAAAGGGUGGCUACUUUGAAGAAUCUCAAAUAUAAAAUAUAUUUAAAUUUGUUUAACACUUUUUUGGUUACUACAUGAUUCCAUAUGUGUUAUUUCAUAGUAUUGAUGUCUUCACUAUUAUUCUACAAUGUAGAAAAUAGUAAAAUAAAGAAAAGGCCUUGAAUGAGUAGGUGUGUCCAAACUUUUGACUGGUACUGUAUGGUUACAGUGUGAGUUAGUUGAGAAAAAGCAUAGGUACCAGACUUGUAAAAAUGUGGUGUUGAACUUGUUUGUCAUAAUGUUUAAUGGGGAAACUCAUGACCCCAAGAACGAGCAACAUCUGGUGCAAUACGUCUUUUAAAUUCCACAUACCUUUCUAUUUUCUUUACUCCCCAUAGUAUCUUUGACUCCCGAGGAAGCACAGUCUUAAGUUUAACACAAUCUCUCUCGUUCUUGUCCUUGUUGUUCAGGUUACAGGUGUCAUUGUUCAGGGUACAGGAGCUGAAGAGGGAGAGCAUGAGCGCAGCUUCCACCAGCACCCCUCAGCUGGUCAACAACACUGUCCGCUACCUGGCUCAGGCCCUGGCCCACAUCCAGCAGGGAAUCGAGAGAAAGUUCCUCAAGGCUCCACUGGGUAGGCCAUCUACUCCUCCUUCUCACAUCAUAACGCCUUCCUGCAAAGAAAAUAAAUUGUCCCAAUUGGCACCCUAG